GUCACUGUGACCUAAUUAUCCGUUAUCAGUGGAACAUUAUUAUGUAUGAAAAAAACAAUUUAGCUUAACAUUUUAUAAGGCCAUUUUAAAACUUUCUGAUGCUUCACUUCUUUUGAUCUGCUUUGCUGACAGUAGCCUACAUAUAUUUUGAACAUUCACAGUUGAUAUUCUGACAAGAUCAGCCAUGGCUUCUACAUCCGUACCACAGCCCUUCCAGCUUGAUCCAGAAAGCACAGUUAAACAGUUUCAAGAGUUUCUUGCUUCCUAUAAUAGAGUAUCAGAAAUGUGCUUCACAGACUGUGUCCAUGAUUUCACAACCAGAAAAAUUCUUGAGUCUGAGAAUACGUGUGCUUUAAACUGUUUGGAGAAAUAUCUGAAAAUGACUCAGAGAAUUUCACAAAGAUUUCAAGAGUAUCAGAUGAUGCAAUCAGACCCUACUGCCGCGGUUCAAAACUUAGCAUCUCAAAAAUAGCAUUUAUAUGCGUGAACCUUUAGUUCUGUUCAUGUGUCUGUGUGCAUUGCCUUUUACAAUCUAUGUGGUACGCUCCACAAACAAUGUGGCAAUACAUGAUGAUGAUGAUUAACUUAUUUUCAUCUUUAUAUUCAGUUAGGAUUCAAGCAUGUGAAUUGACCACCUAAUCAGGACAUCCUAAUAGGUUGGUGUCAGGGUUGACGUCUGCUGUCUGUACAUAGGUUAUACUUAAGAAUCAGCAGAAAGAGGUCCUACGUGUGCAUAUAGUGCUACAGCUAGGUUCAUAUAAGUACAAGUCUUGAAAAUCUUGGAAAGUUGUGUAAUUUACAAAUGUCAUUUUCCAGGCCUGGGCCCCGUUCCACAAAACAAUCUUAGUGUUACGAUCACCUUUAGUGCAUAAGGUAGUUAUGUGCUGAUCUUAGUGCUAACAUUGUUUUGUGGGGCGAGGCUCAGGAAAGUAAUUGAAUUUUGGGUUUGGUCAUGGAAAGUCAAGAAAAUGAAACAAAAGAAGAGAUAAGUAAGUUGCAUUAUUUGAUUAUGUUGGUGAUCAUAAAAAGAACAUCCCCCCCCCCCCCCCCCCCCCCCAAAAAAACCACCCUAAAAAAACUAGGAAAACCCACAUCAUGGUCUUUGAUGUACCAGAUAUGAAGACACAAGUGAAUAAGGAUCCUGGGUGCAAUCCUUCAGAUUUCACAAUCAUUUCCGGUACCGUGUCGGUAAAAUCAUGGAACCGAAAUUUUGUUUUACAUGAUUAUUAUAUCAAGUACAAUUAAUAUAAACAGCUUCCGAUGGGUUCCCAUGAUCACAAGGCACGGACCCCAAAAAGUGUUUCCCAUGAAGUUUGAAAUCCUAUGGUCUGUGAGUGACAUGCUGACUAAUCACAGCUGUACUUCUGCUACAGUUGUUGAAUCGGAUCUUUCUGAAUUAUUAUAAAUAGUUUUUGUACCAGGAAUAAAUUCCCCAUAAUAUGCCAUUAGCCAUAUUACAGUUUGGCUCCAAAUUGACUAAAUUAGAUGUGGUUCUGUCAGUUUCACAGUUUAAAAAAAAAAAUGUUUAACUUUAUUAAAACAAACAGUCAUGUUAAUUGUAAGUUAUCAUUCGGUAAUUCUAAGAAGUAUUCAUACCCUAAUACAUAAUGAUCUGUUUAAUCAUUUAUGAUAUGCUUUUAAUAUGUGAGAGUACAUUCUAAUUAUUUUUAACCUUAGAUGCAAUGUUAUGCAGAAUUUAUAAUAAAUAAUCUUGUAUAUGGU